CUUUGGGUUUUGAGUCUCUCUUCCUCUACCAGUUCCUGCCUUUGGCCAUGUCGGAAACCGCGCCUGCCGAGACGGCUGCCCCGGCGCCGGUGGAGAAGUCGCCUGCCAAGAAGAAGACGACCAAGAAGGCUGCGGGCGGCGGCGCGGCGAAGCGCAAGGCCACCGGACCCCCGGUGUCGGAGCUGAUCACCAAGGCGGUCGCCGCCUCCAAGGAGCGCAACGGCCUCUCACUGGCCGCGCUCAAGAAGGCGCUGGCGGCCGCCGGCUACGACGUGGAGAAGAACAACAGCCGCAUCAAGCUGGGCCUCAAGAGCCUGGUGAGUAAGGGCACCCUGGUGCAGACCAAGGGCACCGGCGCCUCGGGCUCGUUCAAGCUCAACAAGAAGGCGGCCUCCGGCGAGGCCAAGCCCAAGGCCAAGAAGGCGGGCGCGGCUAAAGCCAAGAAGCCCUCCGGGGCGACCCCCAAGAAGCCCAAGAAGGCCGCUGCCGCGAAGAAGGCGGUGAAGAAGACCCCCAAGAAGGCCAAGAAGCCGGCGGCUGCAGGUGUCAAGAAGGUGGCCAAGAGCCCCAAGAAGGCCAAGGCUGCCGCCAAACCUAAGAAGGCGGCCAAGAGCCCGGCCAAGCCCAAGGCUGUGAAGCCGAAGGCAGCAAAGCCCAAGGCCACCAAGCCCAAGGCAGCCAAACCCAAGGCUGCAAAGGCCAAGAAAGCGGCUCCGAAAAAGAAAUAGGAAGUUGGCCUUUUAAGAGGUAGCGAAACCCCAAAGGCUCUUUUCAGAGCCACC